CAUCAUCACCAUCACCCCACAACAACCAAAACGUCAAAAAGUGGCCUUUCAUCCAUAUGAAAAUUCAUCAUCCGUUCGGUCGUGUUCUUCUACUAUAAGCCGACGAAAAAAAGUAUUAUAAUUGUUUAAUUUACGUGUAUAGUGCAGUUGCACAGCAUCCAUUUCUAGUCAUUUGUGCUGUGGUCGUCGUCGACCCGUAGUAGUGAAAAGCUAUUCCAAUUCCCGUUUGUGCCAUUCCGUAGGAUUACAACAUUGUGUUUCUCCACGGCGAAAAAAAAGUCCCUUUGCUUUGGUUUUUUCAUUCCCAUCGAUUGUGUGUAUGACGAGCGCACCUUCAACACGAUCAAGUGUGACCGAAAACAGGUUGUUCUUAUCAGCGAGGGAAAAAGUUCGAAUUUACCAUUCAUAGAAUGGUUCUAUUGUGCUCGGAGUGAUUAGUGUGGUGUGAAGUUGUAGAACGUAGUUCGUCGGCGGAAUUCGAGCAAACAGGACGGGCCUUGAAGCAGCUGUCGAUUUGCGAAACGCGCUCGGUCUCGGUACAAAGCGAUCCAUUGAAGGUUGCACUUUUACUUCGGUGGAUGAGUUGAAUAAUGUUUUGCAAUAGCCUUCGCCGUCGUCGAUCGAUCGAACGCAGUGGCAAUUUGGAGGGCGACUGUGAGAGCGUUUGAGGAAGCAGCUUCCCCGAGGGUUCUAUAAAGGGUUGUAAGCGAUCAUGUUCGCUUCGUUGAAGAACAAGAUCAAGGAGGAGACCGGAAGCGAUGUUAGUUCAUUGCCACCGAGGAGCUCGCAGGUGGACAACAUGUCGAUGGUGUCCGGUCAGCGGUUCCGGAGGAGCCGGGGAGAAUCGUUGACCAGCAUGGCAUCGAUGGAUGAGUUGAGUCUGCUGGAGCAGAAGGAUGCUGAACUCAGUGCGACAAGGAUUCAGUUGCAGGAGCUGGCCGUUCAAUGCAACGAACUGAAAGAGCAGAUGCGCUCGUACGAGGAAGAGAAGAUCCGGCUGGAAGAGGCUAACAAGCUGCUGGAGGAGUCGAUGAAGGUGGCGCAGGUGCAGAAGGACUUGCUCUGUGAAGAGCAGGACAAGAUCCAGAACCUGCAGCAGCAGGAGAUCUCGAAGCUGAAAAGUAUGCUGUUGUUCAGAGAACAGGAAGCGGUCGAUCGGAUAUCGCACCAGAAGGCGGCCGAGCAGCAGGUGGAAAGCUUGAAGCAAGAGCUCGGACGGGUGCGAGGGAUUGAACCGAUGAUCGAGGAUUUACAGGACGAGCUCGAAAACAUUCGGCACUCAACCAGCAUCGAAAAGAAUAACCUCCGAUCGACGCUGGCAACCGUCGAAGAGGAGAACCGACACCUUAAAAGCCGUAUUCAAGUCUUAGAGGAAAGCCGCGCAUCGCUCACAACCGGGACCACCGAUGACAAGUUCCGCGCCCUGCUGCAGGAGCGAAAGUUGCUCGAACAACGCCUCGAAGCAACCCAUCUGCACCUGUCGGACAUCAAGAGCACCUGGAGCGGUCGGAACCUGGCCCUGGAAACGCAAGUCAAUCGACUCUCCCGACAGGUCGCCGAAGAAACCCGCGAAAGACAUAGUGCUCUCAAGCUCAAAGACGAUCUCAUCGAAAAAGUCAAACAACUGGAGUUUGAGCUGGAAAAGACUCGAAACGAAGUCACCCAAAGGGACAAUAAGAUUACAUUAAUGAGCGAAGAAAUCGACGAGCUGAAUUCCGCUCUGAGGGAGGCCCGGGAGCAGCAUGAAGAGGAAGUGACGUUCAUGAACUGCAAGCUCGAACAACUUCAGGGAGAGAUGAACAACAUCAAAACCAAUCUCACCGAAACCGAGCAGAGGUUACUGGAAUCACUGGAAGGCUCCGAUCGGUCCAUGAACUCGUACAAAUCGCAGAUCUUGCAACUGGAGGAUAGCGUGCGUGCACUGGAUGGGCAACUGUCGAUGGAGAAACAAGAAAAACUGUCGAUAUUGAUGAAAAAUGCGGAAAUCUCUCAGAAAGAGGAGAUUUUGCGAACGGAGCUUCGACAAGAACAGGAAGAAUCACAAGAACUGCACGAGAGGGCGACUCUACUGCAAAGGGAGUUAGAUAAAAAAUUGAACACCGUUAACGAGCUUCGCAAGCAAAUCGACGAGUUGAUGAGCACCAAUCUCGAACAAAAUGCGAAACUUGCUUCGCUAGAUAGCCUACACGCGGAACUGAUCGAUAAAAAUAAGAUCAUAAAAAUCCUAAACCAACGGCUAGUCGACAUGAAGAAAACUCUACAGGAGGAGAUAAACAAUAAUAACAACAAUACCACAACGCUCUCACCACAUUCCAAAUAUCCCGAUCACAUCUACGAACGGGCCAACUCGAGGGAAAAACAGGAACCUGCUGGACCCAAACAGCAAAACGGUGCCAUUAGUCACGCUAGUAGUAACAACUGUAGUAAUAGUAGCCAUAUUAGUAACAAUAGCGUCGCCACUAAUCCCCACGCCGAUCAAAACGGCACCCAGAAAGCCAGCAGUGGGACGAUCGUCAUGGAUGAAGUGAAUUUUCGCUAUUUAAAACAUGUGAUAAUAAAAUUUCUCACUAGUCGAGAGGUGGAAGCGCGACAACUUGUCAAAGCCGUGGCAACGCUGCUUCAGCUGUCCUACGAGGAGGAGAAACUUCUCCAGAACACGCUCACGUGGAAGAUGAGCUGGUUCGGCAGCCGACGUGGUCAGCAUUCUCAGAUCUCCCUGUCAACGAUACCACCAAGUUAAGAUAACAAUACCCAACACAAGAGUCAGUGAUCGGAAUAUUUCUACAUAGGUUUUUAGAGUCUACCCAAAUCUGUUGCAAUGUCUAUUCUUCCCGGCUCUCUUACACAAGAAUUAAAACUAUAUAUGCAGUUAAGUAUGAUGGCAAUACAUGAAAAAAAAGAGUUGCAAGAAGAUAUAAAAAUACUGAAAUUUCAAUUAUUUCAAGCACAAAAACUGAAACAUAAUCAAAUACCUAGCUCCAGACAACACUAUAUCAUAAACAAAAUGUAGUAAUCUCUUCACGACUAAAAAGCUACACUUAAGUUAUCCCUCUUGGAAGUAUUAUCAACAGUCCAUCACCUCCUAGAAAAAAAAGUAUACAUAUUAUAGUAGCUUUCGAAGCUUCAGCAUUUCGGCAUACCUGAUUUACAUUCCUACUAUUUAGCUUAGUGUUUUAUUUGUUUUUUUUUACGAUACUUGUUAUGUUUAUGUCAAAUUUUAUCUCCUGCAUCGACGACACCAUUAAUGAUUUCGCCUGCAUCUCAAGCCAUGUAUUGUGUGAUUUGUUUUUAGUUUCUUAGACUGAUGCAACCGGAAGCUUGAAAGAAAUAGCUUCUAGCCACAGCUUUAUCAAGAGCGUCAUAAAUCUUUGACAAGGUCGUUAUAGGUACUAGCUGAUGAGAUGAGCAGUAUUGAAGCGUAGAAUGAAAUGGCUAAAAAACGCGGAACGAAUGAAACAGCAUUAUCGAAUGUGUUUAUACCUACUUUGCGAAAUGGGCGUAGAAACAAAUAAAGGCUAAACCAGAAAUGGAGAAAAAAAAACUGAUUAAA